AUGGGUGCUAUAAACUCACUUCAUGGUGCGAGAUCUGUGGAAAAUCUCGCGCGCAAACACACAAAAACACGAAUGGAAGGAAAAAAGAACGUUUCGAAAUUUGCAACCCUACGAAAACGACUUACUCGACAUCGGACGUCGUUGCAAAAAACCCACUCAUAUGCGAAGCAUGUUCGCGAUCUCACUCAGUCGUGGAAAACGCACGAAAUAAAUGCAUUAGUUGAGGAGUACGAGUCGUUAUCUGCUCUGAAAGAUUUAUCAAUACAAACAAGUUUAGCGCGUCCAAAUAUUCGGAGCUUGACAGACGAUUUGCUUGCAUUAUACCAACAUGGACACUUCACGGAUGUUGUACUAAAAUUCAAAGAUCGUCAUUUUUAUUGCCACCGAUUCCUACUUUCUGUGCGGUCACAAUAUUUUCAACGCCUUCUUUCGAAACAUCCGGGUUUCAAUGUCGUUGUUGACGUAAACAUGAAUAAUUCUGAUCUCACUGUUGACGUAUUUGAUAUCAUGAUACGGUAUUUGUACUCGGGGGAUGUUCGCUCGUUGGACAUACCUAUGGAUAGCCUUGACUUACUGUUUAAAUUGGGCGAGGAAUUUGGCACUCCAAAUGAUUUUGAAUAUGACAUGAACAUUUUGCUCAAUACAUCUAGAUACGCCGAUCUUGUUCUUGUAUUCGAAGAUGUUUUGUAUCGAAGUAAAGACUCUACAUGUUUGUUUGAGUUACAAUGCCACAAAGCAAUUCUUGCUGCACGUUCAUCGUUUUUUCAUUCUCUAAUAACUAAGUUAUCACAUGACAAUGAUUCCACCGAACCGCUGCGUAUUGUCUUGGACGAGAAUAUUUUACCAAGGCAAUAUGCGAGAGUGCUUUUACAGUGUAUGUAUCUUGAUUCUAUUGACGUUUCAUCGGUCAUACGAUGGUCAUCUGAUAGUGACCAACCACACAAGUUACUGACCAUCACCGAAAUUGCGAUGGAAGUAUACGAAAUUGCUAGAUUCUUAGAUUUCAAUACGUUAGAACAAGGUGCUGAGGACAUCAUUGUUCAAGAACUGUCUCCAACUUCUCUGUUAUUUACACUUGAUUGGAGUCAUAAGUUUCAUGGAUCUUAUUGGGUUUAUCGUCAAACUAUGAAUUAUUUACGCGAGGAGUUUUUGAACAUCGUUCAUCUUGAUGUUUUCUUGAACUUACCAAAAGCUUUUCUUAUUGAAGCGUUAAAGUCGGAUUUUCUACAAGCCAGUGAAUGUGAUGUCUUAAUGGCUGUCAUCAAGUGGGGUGAAGCACAAGUUUACAAGUCUUCAGAUUCAAAAAUGGAUCAUCUCUCCAGCUCGUUGAAACGAUAUUCUCGACGUAAAGAAAUUGACAUACAAUCCUUAAAACAAACCUUACAUGGCGUGCUUUCUUUGGUGAGAGUACAACAUAUUCUUCCAAAGGAUAACUGUAUUCUUAAAACAGCAAUGCAACAAGGCUUGCUGCCGAAAGGAAUGCCUUUGGAUAUAGGGGAAGGGGAAAGACGGCAAAGAUCUUCAUGGAUAAGAUUAAAAGACGAUCGAAAAUAUGUAAAACCAAGGCUGUUUUCGGCUUAUGUGGACGAGGCUAAGGCUAUCAUGCGCGAACGUAUGGUUGCAGAAAUGGAAGUGGUUCGUUUGCGCAUGAUCAGACAUUCAGAAAUGCCAGAUAUGGUAACAAGUGUUGCAAGUCACCUUUGUUCCCCUGAAUAUGAAGAUGGUCCACCCUCUUUUAUUGCUAAUGAACUGCCUUAUCCUGAUGCUACAACAGUGAAGGCCAUGUUGUGUAGGGAGAAAGAACUCAGGUCUUAUAACCAAACACAACGUGCGUACGCCUUGUCUUUGGGUGACGUCAGAGCAGUAAAUCACGAAGUUCGAAAACGUGUCGUUCGCGAAUUUGGUCUGCCUGAUGUUGCCGUUGAAGUUCUACGAAAUGCCCCCAAAGAUGCGUUUGACGAUUUUCCUAGUAGUCAAGAGUCUCUUUUGGUCAGUCAUUGUAGUAAUGAAAAGCUGAACAUUUUAUCGGACAAUGAACCGGAUGUAACAGUAAAUAUACUACGAAAGAUAAUGGAAAGUUAA